CGUCGAGAAGGUCUUUCUCUGUGACAUCUAGUUCAUCCGAAUUGUUUCCCCCGCGCGAGUACCACAUUAAAUUUCAUAUUUUCUGGUGUUAUUUUACCCAUCGUUCAACAUGACAACUGUGACACCCGAGCCUUUUGAAGAUGACAAGCUAGUUCCUCUGGCUGUUGUCGGGAUGGCUUUUGAGUUUCCCCAAGAGGCCACUUCGGUUGAAAGCUUUUGGGAAAUUAUCCGUGAAGGGAGGUCUACAAGUUCAGAGUUUCCUCCAGAUCGUCUAAAUAUAGAUGCCUUCUACCACCCAGACGGAAACCGUCCAAGUACACUACCUCUCCGUGGUGGACAUUUUGUCAAAGAAGGCCUUGGGACUUUUGAUGCCCCUUUCUUUUCCAUAACGCCAGGGGAAGCGGCAUGUAUGGAUCCCCAACACCGGCGAAUGCUUGAGAUCGCAUAUCACGCUAUAGAGGACGCUGGUAUCCCUAUUGAAAGAUGUACUGGUUCGGAUACAUCAGUAUACACAGGUUGCUUUACGAACGACUAUCUAAGUAUCUUGCAACAGGAUUAUGACGCGGAACAGAGACACGCCGCAAUGGGCAUCUCGCCCGCAAUGUUGGCGAAUCGUAUAAGCUGGUUCUUCGAUUUUAAAGGGACAUCCAUGAACUUGGACUCAGCCUGUUCUAGUAGUCUAAUCGCUCUUCACCUUGCAUGUCAAGAGUUGCGCCUUGGGAAUUCGUCCAUGGCCCUUGUCGGGGGAGCUAAUCUAGUUUACCACCCCAACUUUAUGAAGAUCAUGUCGGAUUUCAAUUUUCUGUCCAGUGAUAGCCGCUGCUGGAGCUUUGAUGAGCGCGCCAAUGGCUACGCACGUGGCGAAGGCAUUGCUAUGGUUGUGGUAAAAAGACUAGAUGAUGCUUUGAGAGAUGGAAAUACCAUUCGCGCCGUGAUUCGUAACACUGGAUCCAACCAGGACGGCAAGACUCCGAGCAUCACCCAACCAAGCCAGGUUGCGCAAAUCAAUCUUAUCACGAGGACCUACCAACAAGCCUGCAUUGACAUGGAACCCACCCGAUUCUUUGAAGCACAUGCUACAGGUACCGCAGUUGGCGACCCUAUUGAAGGAAAUGCUAUUGGAGAAGCGUUUAGGGAAUAUAGGAACUCACAUGAUCCGUUAUAUAUUGGCGCUGUCAAGGCAAAUAUUGGUCAUCUUGAGGGCUGCAGUGGCUUGGCUGGUAUCAUUAAGACGAUACUGGUACUAGAAUAUGGAGUGAUACCCCCAAUCGCAGGGUUUAAAACUCUUAAUAAGCGGAUAGACUCAAAGCGCCUACAUCUAGCAUUUCCAACAGUUCCCACUGCUUGGCCAUUGGUCGACAUCCGUCGGGCUUGCGUAAAUUCGUUCGGCUUCGGUGGAACUAAUGCGGUUGCUAUCCUCGACGAUGCUUAUAACUAUCUGAGGCUUAGGGGUCUUCGAGGAGAUCAUCGAACUCAUUAUAGGCAACUUACUACUAAGCAAGCAUCAAACCGUGUUAUGUUGAACGGUCGAAUACUAGCAAAUGAAUUACCUCAACAUCUCAGUAAGCUACCAUACAAUGGGGAGGACAUUACGAAUAAUGCUCGUGGUGUGGCUUCUGAUAUGUCAGGCUUUAUCUUCAAUGAUGUUGAGGCAAAUGGCUACGAUAGAGAAAGGGAGGAAAUCUCGGCAAAGCUAGAGCCUUCUACUCUGGGAAGAGACACACUUAGAAACGGCGACAUACUGGAUAGCCUUGGAAUAAUAAUCCCUAAACUUCUGGUUUGGUCCGCUCCUGACCGCCAAGGGUUAGAAAGGCUAUCUAGAGCCUAUCAUGAGUAUCUAGACAAGGAUACAGUUGAGUUGGAUAAUGUGGCUUAUAACUUAGUUGUCAGAAGAAGUCACUUUACUUGGAGAAGCUUUGCGGUUAUCGACCCGGAAAAGUUUAUCUCGUCUAAAGAAAUCGAAUCGCCCGAGCCGAUAAAGGGUUCAACAAAUAACCCCCAAGUUAUCUUCGUCUUCACGGGACAAGGGUCUCAGUACCUGGGUAUGGGCCGCCAACUUCUUGCCUAUCCGGUUUACCGAGGUAGUCUUGAGAACUGCGAAGAGUAUUUGAAACAGCUAGGCUGCCAAUGGUCCCUCCUUGAUAUAGUCAAUUGCAGGCAGGAUGGCAUACCAAUCGACUCUCCAGAGUACAGCCAACCUCUAAUCACAUGCCUACAGAUUGCUCUCGUGGAUCUGUUGCAAAGCUUAGGCGUUAUUCCCAAACUCGUUAUAGGCCAUUCCUCGGGGGAAAUUGCCGCUGCAUAUUCAUCGGGUGCUUUAUCAAAAUCAUCUGCUGUAAGAGUAGCUUACUACAGGGGUCAGCUAUCGUCUCACCUGGUCGCCAGAGUACAAGGCCUCGGUAUGAUGGCAGUGGGCAUGGCGAAACAUGAUGUGCAACAAUAUAUUGACCGCUUGAAUAGCCUUGAUGGAAGGUUGGAUGUUGAGAUUGGCUGUAUGAACAGCCCUAAAAACGUUACAUUGACCGGAAACGCUCAACAGCUCGCUGUCCUCAAAGAAUGGCUUAAAGACGAUGGUUUCUUUGCGCGAACUCUACCAAUCCCAAUGGCAUAUCACUCCCACUUCAUGAACGGAGUCAAGAAUGAAUAUACUCAUGUUAUUAAGGAUCUUGAUGCUGGCCGGAGCUCUGGGUUUGUUCCUAUGAUUUCUUCAGUAUCAGGAGAUCUAGCGACGGCGACAGAACUCAUCUCGGCUGAGUAUUGGGUUCGUAAUUUGACAUCGCCUGUUGAUUUUGAGGCCGCAUUUUCCAAGCUUCUUACUAUGAUUAAUCGAAAACCGCGCAAGCGGCUAGGAGAACGGAUAGCCUUGGAUUAUACGGACGUGACACAUGUUCUCGAAAUUGGACCACAUCACGCUCUCCGCAGUUCUAUACGCGAGAACAUACAGGCUUUUAUCGGUGUAAGGAAACCAACGUAUAUAUCCUCACUUAUUCGUGGCGAGGAUGCCGUUAUUUCUCUACUAAAGAUGGCAGGCGGUAUGUACUGCGCUGGAUAUCCCGUGGAUUUACUAAGCGUAAACGGGCUUGAGGAAUGCCCUAGGCCCCUAACCCCUGGUUUGCCUCGAUAUACGUUCAACCAUUCCCUGAUUUACUGGCGGGAAAGUUCUCUAAGUCGAAACUUUCGAUUUAGAGGAGCUCCCCGGCAUGAACUACUCGGAUCUCGCAGCUUAGACUGGAAUCCUGAUAUGGCCCAGUGGCGUAACAUUAUCAGGCUGGACGAGCUUCCUUGGCUUGAAGACCAUAAAAUUGGAGGCAUGAUAGUAUUUCCCGCAGCCGGCAUGAUAGCCAUGGCAGUCGAAGGCCUCCGACAACUCAUUGAUGGCCCACUCCACGGAAUCUAUGUAAAAAAGGUUAAUUUUUUACACGCCAUUAGCCUGCCUCAAGAGGUAGCCAGUAUUGAAACUCAAUUAACAAUAUCACGGCCGCUCCAAGGCAGUUCCACAAUAUGGUCUGUAUUUCGACUUUUCGUCCAAGAAAAUGGCAGUUACAUAGAAUGCUGCAACGGAAAAAUUCGAGCCGUUCUUGACGCAGAAGACCGAAGUCGAGUCAUCUCCUCCGGACCAUGGAAACGCAAUGGCAUGCCGAGUGACUGGGUCAGGAAUAUUAAAAUGGCCUGUGGAGGAGCCGAAGUAGACCCUUACGAAAUGCCCGCCGGUAUUGAAGUCCAAUAUGGGCCGACGUUCCAAAAUCUUCGUCGUUUGAGGCUAGGCAUCGGAGGUGAAGUUACGGCUGAAGUCGACACUGAGUCAUGGAAGUCGAAGAAUAUAAGCAAGACUACCCCAUCUUUUGCUGUUCAUCCUACAACUCUAGAUGCCCUCGCACAACCUUUGCUACUAGCCCUCCUAGCACAACGGCGGGGGGACUUACCUACGAUGGUGCCGGUCUACGUUUCUACAAUAUGGAUCGAUUGUUGUACCGAAGAUCUACACCAAGGGAAUAUUGCAGUUGCCGCCAGGUGUAAGUUUUUUGGCUAUCGUGGUGGCUACGCCGAUGUGCUUGCAUCUGCCAUGAAUGAGAGCAAUCCACUUAUCUAUAUGGAAGGAUUGGAAACAUCUUUCAUCAGCGUAGGAUCAUCUAGUCAAAGCCAAGCUAUGCAGCCGCGUAGGCUGUGUGCAAGGUUGAUCUGGAAACCAGAUCACGAUAUGAUGACUCGCGAGCAAAUUCUAGCAUAUUGUACCCGAGAUAGACCUAAGCAAGAAGAUGAUGCGGUGAAGUCAUAUCGCUCACUGAUACUCGCCAUAUUGUGUUUCAUAGAGCAGACGCUUGCAAAAGUCAGCCAGGAUAAAAAUAUGGUGUUGGAGCGACAUCUGGACUCAUACGUCGACUGGAUGCGGUACCAACAACGUCGGCUUCAUACGGGCAAGUCGUUAGUAACAUACGAAUCGGUUUUGCAACUUCUGAAUGACCGCGAAGCCCAAGAUCAACUCAACCAGCAAAUAGAAAAUUCGGGGAUAGAUGGCUUCUUUUUUAUUCAGAUCGGCCGACAAGUCAUUCAGAUGCUCUAUGGCAAGGUUGACCCUCUUGACUUUAUGUUUCGAGAAGGACUAGCCAACAAAUACUACGAAAAAAUGUUAUCCAACCACCAUCAUGCCUAUCCUGCCUCCCAGUACGUCGACCUCUUAUGUUUCAAGAACGCGAGGAUGAAUAUUCUGGAGGUUGGUGCGGGGACGGGAGGUCAAACGAUGUGCCUACUAGAAUCAAUGAGCAGCAACGGCGUGAACAAAUGGGCAAAGUAUGACUAUACAGAUAUUUCGCCAGGGUUUUUCAAUCAAGCCAGGGAAAAGUUCCACUACCCAAACAUGAAUUUUCGGAUCUGCGAUAUCUCGAAGGAUCCAAUUUCGCAAAAUUAUGAGCCUGGUAGCUACGAUUUAGUGAUUGCUUCACACGUACUCCACGCAACGAACAAACUUGCUGAAUCGAUUCAAAACAUUCGAAAACUCCUCAAAACUGGCGGCAAGCUGCUUCUCUUUGAGACGACACGUCCAGAUGCGAUCCCUGUCGGCUUUGCAUUUGGCCUCUUGAAGGGUUGGUGGGACCCGCUUGACUACGAGCCUCGGUCACCAUACAGCCCAUGCUUGACAGUUGAGCAGUGGGACAUGCUCUUGAAGCAAGGAGGAUUUUCCGGUGUAGAUUUGGACAUCCCAGGACAGGAAGAACCAUACAGUCGAGAUAGCAGUAUUAUCAUCUCGACUGCUGAGAGCCAGAACGACGAAAUAAAGCAGCCUCUGUGUGAGGUGAAUCUUGUUGUGAACAACCAUGUAGAGGCUCAAUCCCUGAUGGCAAGGACCCUCGAGAAUGGGCUAUCUAGAAGUGAACGUCUCUUAUGGAAACGAUACUCUCUGGCGCAACUUGCUGAAGCGAAAAUUCCCGAGUCCGCUUUGACAAUAUUCCUUGAAGAAAUAGACGCGACCUUCCUUGAGGGGAUCUCGGAAAUAGAUUAUGCUAGCUUUCAAACCAUUUUGGUACGGUCCAAAACAGUCCUAUGGGUCGCCAAAGCACUGCCACCUGGAGGAAUUGAACCCAGACAUCACCUUGCCCAUGGGCUGGGUCGCACCCUAAUGUCUGAAGAUUCAGACUAUAAAUUUGUUACACUAUGUUUCGAAGAUUUCGAGUUUGAUGUUACCCAGGCGACUGAAACAAUCUACAAGAUCGUGGGAUACCUUCGUAGCUUGCCAGUGGAGAAGGUCGAAACUAAUUACGUUGCUACUCAUAAUACUCUCCAGAUAUGCCGCAUUUCAGAAAAUGUCGAGAUGGAUACUAUUGUUCAACAGGCAAACCUACCAUGGCAAGUGCAAGAGUGCCAACUGACUGUUAAAAAAAUGUUCAACUUUGCAAAGGUGAGCUUGGCCGUCUGGAUUCGAUCCAGUGGCUUGAAAGCGAAGAACAGGAAGCCUCAGCUUAACGAAGCUGAAAUAGGCACUGAGUGUGCUGGAUUGGUUAUGGAGGCUGGAAGUAAAUCCGGAUUUCAGACCGGCGACCGGGUCUGCCUCAUUUCGACGGCUUCAGCACGGUCUAUCAUCAGAGGCAAAGCAGGCGCUAUUGUCGCUAUUCCGUCACAUAUGAGUUUCGCCGAGGCAGCAUCAUUGCCUACUGCACUGUGGGUAUCUUACCAAGCCAUUGUCAACCUAGCAAAUUUACAGAGUGGUCAGACUGUGCUCAUUCAUCAAGGGGCGAGUUGUGUGGGACAGAUGAUGAUUCAGACGGCAAAAAAACUAGGCGCACGUGUGCUUGCCACUACCAGCUCCAUGUUUGGGAGGAAGUUCAUCUACGACGAAUUUCAAAUUCCGGAAGCGGAUAUUUUCUGUGCUAGCGACGCUACAAUUGUACUUGAGAUAAACCGGUGUACUCAAGGACAGGGAGUCGACGCUAUUGUUGGGGCGCUCUCGGCAAACGGCGCAGGCGAGACUGUGGAUUUAGUACCAUGUCUGUCACCUUCCGGUCGACUUGUUGAUACCAGUUCAUUGAACGGAUCCUCCGGUAUUGUUAUGCCCUUGAAUACGUCAAGGUCAUCAGUCAAUAUGAUUAGCCUACUGCAGGAGAGGCCGACCCUAGCUCACGAUAUCUUUCAACGGGCAAUGAAAAAAGCGUUUGAUGAACGACUUCGACCACCACAGCCAAUUCGAAGUUUCUCAGCAGCCGACGCCGGAAAAGCCUUCCGUCAGUUCCAAGUCUCAGAUGCGCUGGGUAAAAAUAUUAUCGAGCUUAAUUCGGAUACUAUUGUUAUGGCCAAUGUCAAGACAAUUCCCCGGUGCAAGCUCUAUCCCGAUGCCACUUACGUUAUUAGUGGAGGGUUGGGUGGACUUGGGAGGAGUAUUGCACGGUGGAUGGUUGACCGCGGAGCACGAAAUCUCAUUCUCCUCUCACGAUCCGGCGUAAAAUCGCAGGCAGCCAAAGAUCUUAUCAGAUACCUUGAGGGGAGGCACAUAUGUGUCGUGACGCCCGCCGUCGAUAUCAGCGACCUGGUUACACUUAGGCAUGUCCUUAAGACUUUGGAAAAGACCAUGCCUCCAAUCCGGGGCUGCAUUCAAGCUACGGUAGCUCUCAGGGAUAACCUUUUCCCUAACAUGACGUAUCAUGAUUGGAUCGUUGGCACAAAUUCUAAAGCGAAGGGUUCCUGGAAUCUGCAUUCUGUACUCCCUUCUGGCCUCGACUUCUUCGUACUCCUUGCUUCCUUGAAUGGUAUUUUGGGAGGACGUGCACAAGCCAAUUAUGCGGCCGGCAACACAUUCAAAGACGCGCUCGCUCACUACCGCAUUUCUCUCGGCGAGAAAGCAAUAUCCAUCGACUUAGGGCUAAUGGCCACCGAAGGCAUUGUCGCAGAAAAUGCUGACCUACUUGCUAGUAUGCGUCGCAUCGGACAUCUUAUGGAUAUUAACCAGGGAGAACUGGUUGCCCUGUUAGACUAUUACUGCGACUCCGCGCUGCCGAUAUUAUCACAUGAUAAAGCACAAAUUCUGGUCGGGCUUGAGACACCUAGCGCAGUACGUGCAAAGGGCAUAGAUAUUCAUCAUGCCAUUCACAGGCCAUUAUUCCAGCAGCUGUUCAGCCUAGAUUCGGGCAGUUUGCAAUCAUCGGGCCAGCAAGCAACCAUCAGCUAUGCUGCGGUCCUGAAAGAGGCCACGUCGAGAGAGGAGGCCUCAGUAAUGGUGACGGGGUGGUUACAGGCCAAGAUCGCGCAUACUCUGGGCCUGCAAGAGGAAGACGUUGAUCCAACAAAACCAAUCCAUACAUAUGGUAUCGACUCGUUGGUGGCGAUUGACUUGAAAAACUGGUUUUCAAAGGAGAUAGGAGCGGAUAUACAGGUAUUCCUUAUGCUAGGAAACCAAACCUUGGAAGCAGUAGCAAGAGAAGCGGUAAAAGGAAGUAAGUUUAUGGUACGGUUUGACACAAAAUAA